AAUGACAUGAAUUACAUAGCAUCCAGUGGACUCUUAUUUAAAGAUGGCAAAAAGCGAAUUGAUUAUAUCCUGGUUUAUCGGAAGACAAAUAUACAAUAUGACAAAAGAAAUACAUUUGAAAAGAACCUGAGAGCAGAAGGCUUGAUGUUGGAGAAGGAGCCAGCUGUUGCAAACCCUGAUAUCAUGUUUAUCAAAAUUCAUAUUCCAUGGGACACACUGUGCAAGUAUGCAGAGAGAUUGAACAUCAGGGUGCCUUUCAGGAAAAAAUGUUACUACACUGACCAGAAGAACAAAUCAAUGAGCAGGGUGCAAAACUAUUUCAAAAGAAUCAAAAAGUGGGUGUCCCAAAACCCAAUGGUUCUAGACAAGUCGGCGUUCCCAGAGUUGGAGGAGUCGGACUGCUACACCGGCCCUUUCAGCAGAGCACGGAUUCACCACUUCAUAAUAAACAAUAAGGACACCUUCUUCAGCAAUGCUACUCGAAGCAGAAUAGUUUAUCACAUGCUGGAACGCACCAAAUAUGAAAAUGGAAUAUCAAAAGUGGGUAUUCGCAAGCUUAUAAAUAAUGGUUCCUACAUAGCAGCUUUCCCUCCACAUGAGGGAGCCUAUAAGAGUAGCCUGCCCAUCAAAACCCAUGGACCUCAGAAUAACAGGCAUCUGUUGUAUGAGCGCUGGGCACGCUGGGGAAUGUGGUACAAGCAUCAGCCUCUGGACUUAAUCAGGCUAUACUUUGGUGAGAAGAUUGGUUUAUACUUUGCCUGGCUGGGAUGGUAUACUGGAAUGCUGAUUCCUGCCGCAGUUGUUGGCCUGUGUGUUUUCUUCUACGGAUUAGUUACAAUGAAUGAAAGUCAAGUAAGCCAAGAAAUUUGUAAAGCCACUGAAGUCUUCAUGUGCCCUCUGUGUGACAAGAAUUGUUCAUUGCAGAGACUCAAUGACAGCUGCAUCUAUGCCAAGGUAACAUACUUGUUUGAUAAUGGAGGGACAGUCUUCUUUGCUAUUUUUAUGGCAAUAUGGGCCACAGUCUUCCUUGAGUUUUGGAAAAGAAGAAGAAGUAUACUGACCUACGCUUGGGACCUUAUUGAAUGGGAAGAAGAGGAGGAAACACUUCGCCCCCAAUUUGAAGCAAAAUAUUACAGGAUGGAGGUGAUAAACCCCAUCACAGGAAAACCUGAGCCUCAUCAACCUUCAUCUGACAAAGUCACACGUCUUCUUGUAUCUGUCUCAGGAAUCUUCUUCAUGAUCUCCUUGGUCAUCACAGCAGUGUUUGCAGUUGUAGUAUACCGCCUGGUUGUCAUGGAACAGUUUGCAUCAUUCAAGUGGAAUUUCAUCAAACAGCACUGGCAGUUUGCUACAUCGGCUGCUGCUGUCUGUAUCAAUUUCAUAAUCAUCAUGCUGCUGAAUCUUGCUUAUGAAAAAAUUGCGUACCUCCUCACUAACUUAGAAUAUCCUCGAACAGAAUCAGAAUGGGAAAACAGCUUUGCCUUGAAGAUGUUCCUUUUCCAAUUUGUCAAUCUGAACAGUUCUAUCUUCUAUAUUGCAUUUUUUUUGGGAAGGAUUAUGCCCACAUCCAACAAAAGCCUGGUCACCCUGGUCAUCCACUUAUGUCAUCCUAGUGGCUGCCUGAUAGACCUCUGCCUCCAGAUGGGAGUCAUCAUGUUUUUGAAGCAAAUAUGGAACAACUUCAUGGAGCUGGGAUAUCCGUUAAUCCAAAACUGGUGGUCACGACAUAAAAUCAAGAGAGGAAUACAAGAUGCUUCCAUACCACAAUGGGAAAAUGACUGGAAUCUUCAGCCCAUGAACAUUCACGGACUAAUGGACGAGUACUUAGAAAUGGUUUUGCAAUUUGGUUUUACCACCAUCUUUGUUGCUGCUUUUCCUCUGGCCCCUCUUUUGGCUUUGUUAAACAAUAUCAUUGAAAUCAGAUUGGAUGCAUAUAAAUUUGUAACCCAGUGGAGGAGGCCUCUGCCAGCCCGAGCAACUGACAUUGGUAUCUGGCUUGGAAUUCUCGAGGGAAUUGGCAUAUUGGCUGUGAUCACCAAUGCUUUUGUAAUCGCUAUUACAUCUGACUAUAUCCCACGUUUUGUCUACGAAUACAAAUAUGGCCCUUGUGCAAACCAUGUAAAGCAUAAUGAGAAUUGCCUCAAGGGAUACGUCAACAACAGCUUAUCCUUCUUUAACCUGAGUGAGCUUGGUAUGGGAAAAUCUGGCUACUGCAGGUACCGAGACUAUAGAGGCCCACCUUGGAGUUCCAAGCCCUAUGAGUUCACAUUACAGUACUGGCACAUCUUGGCUGCUCGAUUGGCCUUCAUUAUUGUGUUUGAGUUUUUACUCUUAAUUUACAGCACCUCGUUUUUUGGGAUUAAGUCAUUCAUUGCAUACCUGAUUCCAGAUAUACCAAAGGGCCUCCGUGAGCGUAUACGGCGAGAGAAAUACUUAGUCCAAGAAAUGAUGUAUGAGGCUGAGCUGGAACAUUUACAGCAACAGCGCAGAAAAAGUGGUCAGCCUAUUCACCAUGAAUGGCCUUAGGCAGUACCUGUUACCCAAAAGGGGAGGUAACAUUAAUAUGAAGGAAUGUGACCCUUGAAAUGUAGAUGGCAUCCAUGAGGAAGACAUAUUUG